AUGCCACAGAAGAGACAAAAGGAACCGAAUAGAUUUAUACCAAAUGGUUUUAACUUUCAGAUUCCAAAUAAUCAACCGCAACGAAUUUUUCAAAUCCCACCACAGCAUCAACAGCAGCAGCAACGACCACCACCACAGCAACAACGACCACCACAACGUCAACGGAGAAGAACAUUCACCCCUGAAGAAAGAAAUUUCAAUAAUUUGAUGCGUCAACAAAAUCAAGGUUUGAGAUUUUAUCCGGGUAGUAAUGGUAUACAUAUAAGGCAUCCAAAUUUAGAUAGAAGAUAUACCGCCGAGAUUCAUAUUUUACCUAAUAAUACGGUUAAU